AUGGCGAGGGUGGCAGCACGGACCGAGGCGGCGGCGGCGACGGUGGAGGAAGCAGACACCACCGGCACCGGUGACAAGGAGAAUGUGCAGCGGCAGCAGCAGGCCGAGGUGCUGAGGGCGCAGGUGUUCCGUCGCAUCCUAUCCAGCGACGUGCUGAGCUCCGUCAAGGCGCAUCUGAGGGCCAAGCUGUAUGCCGAGCUGAGGGGCCGCGGCGCCGGCGCCAGCGGCGGCGCGGCGGGAGCGGGCUGGCAGCCGCUGCCGCCGCCUGCUCGCAGCCCCACGCUGCACCAGCAUGUGCUCAACUGCCUGCUGGCCGAAUACCUGCUGGGCCAGCAGUACCGCUACACCCUGUCUGUGUUCCUGGCCGAGAGCGGCAGCGAUGCCCUGCCGCGGCUGUGCCACGCCGACAUCCUGCGCCUGGUGGGGGUUCUGCCAGAGUCCAAGCUGCACGCCCUGCUGACCGGCGCCAGCGGCGGCGCAGGCAGCUGCGGGGCGGCCCCAGCAGCCAGCCAGUGCAGCAGCAGCAGCCCCCAUGCCAGCCUGGCUGAGGCCAUGCUGGCUGCGCUGGGCUGCCUGGGAGGACACGUGGGCACCCGCACCGCCGCCUGCCAGACGCACGGCGACGGCGGCGGCGCCACCAGCGGCCCUCCUGCAGCCAUCACAUCCCAGCAGCUGAUGCAGCGCCUGCAGCAGAUAGAGGAGGAGUAUCAGCGCAAGAGCGGCGGCUUGGAGCAGGCGGCGGCGCGGUCGCUGGAGGAGCGCAUGGCGGCGUACCAGCGGGAGUGCGAUGCCCGCUACGCAGCGCAGCUGGCAGAGCGGGUGGGCGUGGUGCGUGAGACAGAGGUGGCGGCGGCGCGGCAACAGUCGGCGGCGCGGUGCCGGCAGGAGCUGGAGGCGGAGCGGGCAGCGCUGCACCAGGCGUACCAGGAGCGGCUGGCGCGCCUGAACAAGCAGGAGGAGGAGCUUCUGGAGCGGCGGCGGCGGGCGGCGGCUGACCAUGACCUGACUGGGGAGGAUCACCUGCGCCGCAUGCGGGCAGACGAGGAGCGCCUGGCUGCGCGGAAGGCAGAGAGCGAGGCCAAGCUGGCUGCUGCCCAGGCUUCGGCGCAGCAGGCGCGGCAGCGGGGCGAGGACGCGGAGCGGCGGGCAGAGGCGCAGCGGGCGGAGGGGGAGCAGCGGCUGCAGGCUCGGCUGGCAGAGGUGCAGGCACGGGAGGCAGCGGCAGCCAGGGCGCAGGCCGUGGCGGAGGCGGAGCUUGGGCGUGUGGCUGGGCUGCAGCGCCAGCUGGCGGAGGCGCUGGAGCAGCAGGGCAGCCUGCGGCAGCAGCUGGCGGCCGCCAGAUCGAUGCACCAGGCAGAGGAGGCAGAGCUGAGGGAGGAGGCAGAGGCGCUGCGGCGGGGCUUGGAGCAGGCGGAGGCGGCGGCCGCGGCCAGCGCUGCCGCGCCAGGCCUGCCGCCUGCCGACGCCGCGCGGCUGCAGCAGGGGGUGCGGCAGCUGAUGCGGCGGGUGGAGGAACUGCAGCGGGAGGUGGGGGCCUGCCGCGAGCGGGAGCGGCUGUGGCGCGGCAGCGCUGCGGAGGCCGACAGGCUCCUGGACAAGAGCGCCAAGGCACACGACCGCGUGCUGCGGCACGGCGAGGAGCUGCGCCUGGCGCUGGCUUCCGCGGCGCGCGAGGUGGCAGACCUGCACCAGCAGGCCGCGCUGGCCGCCGCCGGCGCAGAGGGGCCGCUGGCAGGCGCCCUGCAGGCGGCCAGCAGGGACGCAGAGCGGUGGCAGGAGGGUGCAGAGGCGCGGGUCGAGGCGGCCAAGCGGGAGGAGGCGGGGCUGCGGCGGGAGGCUGCUCAGCUGAGGCAGCGUGCCCUGGCCAGCCGCACGGCGGUGGCGCAGGGCCUGCAGCACGUGCUGGCCGCUCAUGCGCGGGCCGGGCAGCAGGCGGGUGGGGAGGACAGCGAUGAUGGCAGCCCGGCCGACGCGCCCCCUGCUCCGCAGCAUGGCGCGCCGGAGCCUGCUGGGGCAGGCCCAGCCGUGCGCCCGGUGCAGCCAGCUGGCAGUGUGCAGGGCUCCCGCCAGCCAGCGGCGCAGCUGGCAGUGGACCAGCGUGGGCGGGGUGCCGCCCAGCAGGCGCCCGCCAGCGCGCCGUGGGAGGCUCCCUGGAUGCGGCAGCCGCUGCCUGCUUCGGCAGUGCAGCCACCACCGCCAGCACUGCCGCCACAGCAGCAGGCUGUGCAGCCAGCGAGCCUGGGAGCAAGCGGCAGCCUGUGGCUGCAGCCGGGGGUGGAUGCUGCACACAAGCCACCCAGCCGCACCUCCUCCGACAUCCUGGCAGCAUACCGAGCCCGCCAGCAGCGUGCAGCAGGCGGCGGCGGCGGCGGCAGGGACGGGACGCUGAGCAGCAGCGUCAGCCGCGAGGCAUCUGCUGGCGAGCCUGAGGCAGCCGGGGUGGCCGGCGGUGGCCAGCAGGGGGCACCGGGGGCGCCACGCGAGCAGCAGGCGGGGCAGCAUCUACCGCUGGCCACCGCCGCAGCAGCGCCGGGUGGUGGGGCCACAGAUGGGGAUGGCUAUUAUGUUUCUGAUUUUACGAGCGAUGACAGUGGCAGGUUUUGA